AUGCAGAAGAGCAGCAUUUCAGUCGUCGGUGCAGACGCAGUGGGCAAGACGAGCUUCUACAUUUGGCCGCGUCCUGACCGAAAAGGACGCAAAAUAGCAACGACUGUGCGUAUUUUGCGCUGUCGAGAAGAGGCCCCAGACGGCGACGGCGUCUUCGUACUAUUGUUCAACCUCACGCGCCGAGACUCGCUCGCAGCGGUCAUUGCACAAUGGGCGCACUUGUCGGACGUCACUAAUCGAAAGCUAUUCCUCGUGGGCACACACGCUGACAGCAAUAACACGCGUGAGAUUGCCCUAUCAGAAGUGCGCGAGAUAUCGGGCGAGUUCCACAGCUAUGAGGAAGUAUGCUGUCGUCCAGGAGACGAGGGGAUCCUCCGGGUACAGCAUACGUUGACUCAAUGGACAACCGGUGGCUCCGCAGAGAUGGCGAGCGAUAUCCCGCUUGCGCGAGCGUCGAUCUGCGGCGGGUUCCCGAGACCUGUUGUCACGAUGAUGAUGCCCAAUACCUCACACAGUUUGCCUGCAUCACCCGCAGGGCGGCGGUCAUGUAUGCGAUCCGAUGUGUGGCUGUAUGAUCCGACCGAGGUGGAAUCUGCUUCUGCUUCUCCUGUGGCAACAGCUGGAGGUGGUGACGUAAAGCUGCGUACAAUUUCCAAGGCCAUCUACGACAUUCGUGGCGCUGUGGCUGAAAAGAGCAAGGCGCUGGCCAAAUACCGUGACCGGCAAAUGAGUCACUGGCUCACACGCAGUCGAUACUUCGGACCGACCGAAAGCAGUCGCCACAAACGGUGGCAGGAAGAACAGAAGAAACGGCAACAAGCACAUAGUCACCUCCACCAUGUACGCCAGCAAUCGAGUACUCUCGAUGAGCGUACACGAAGCGUAAGUCACCCAGAUAAGUUCGUGCCACCAAGACGAAAGUCCGUUGCACAGCGUGGUCCAGGACAUUUAUCCAGUUCCAGUGAAAGCGAGGAAAGUCCUGGCACCCCAUUGGAGCACAAGUCCUUCAUGCAACCUACUGAGCUCACUAAGCAGCGGCAACGUCAGCAUGAAGCUAGUAAUGCACAGGAACAAAAGAAACGUCUUGCUACAAAGCGUGCAUUGCGCAAGCAGAGACGAGCUGCUUCGAACGAUAUUUUUGAGCGAAGUACAGCGUCGGCAGCUGCGUACUUGGAUUGUUACGAUGAGAUGGACAUGCCACUGCAAUUUAAGCCCCUCUCGCCCUCGCUGGGUGGACGAGCUUCUCUUUUGAUACCGUCGCCAGCCUCCUCUGUGGCAUCGUCUUCGAGUCGUAGAAGCUUUGGAGGAGAACGCAAAGCUUUUGAGGUGGAUGCUGUGACUGCAAUUGGAGCACAACAAUCCUUCGAAUUGGUCUCCCCUGGCGCUAAACAAGUGGGCUGCUUGCCGGCUUUACUACCAAUGACACACUUGCAGUCUCCAGUACCACCGAUUAUGAGUCCAUCAGCCCCGACAUCAUCGGUUCAAAGCCACCACAGUGUUGCUGAUUCCUCACUCGACAGCCCUCAGUUCGACUCCCCGUCCGUCACAGUUUUGAAGCUAUAUACUCCAGACAAGCUGCAGAUUGAAGCCAAGUCUGAGCUGCCAUCUCCAGCAAAAGCCACCGACAAUGUCACCCCCAAAAUCAUUCCGCCACCAGCUCCUCCUCAAGAAGACUCAACUGUUAGUCGAGCCAACACCAUGUGCAGUAGCAGCUCGGAGAACUUCGACUGCAGCGACAUCGACGACUUGCUCGAGUACUUCGAAGGCGUAACACUGCCUAUCUCCUAA